CGCUCCGCCUCUUUCCAUAGAAAACCAACCAAUGGCGUUACGCCUGUAAACUGCCACCUCGCUUUGUUGUAUUGACGCAUUAACGUUUUCCUUGAGUAUAUUACUUCUUCGGUCAUUUCAGUGCAAGUAUGGUGUAAUAUCGGAUAUAUAUUAAUCCAAGGCGCGGGUUGUUUUUGUUUUAGAAGUCGUACAUGCUUCUAAUGGAAACGCUAAUUGCUUGCUAGCCCGCCUCAACCCAGCUAACUUCGGCGAGCAGCUAGCUCUGCUAGCUCUGUUACUGUUGGACUAACGAACAAGUUUGGGGGAAAAUAACCUUUUUUAGACAUGACGUCUGCCUCUGCUAAGGUUGGCGAGAUUUUCUCUGCGGCUGGAGCGGCUUUCAGCAAACUGGGAGAGCUGACCAUGCAGCUGCACCCUGUGUCCGACAGCAGCCCCGCAGGGGCCAAAUGGACGGAAACUGAGAUUGAGAUGCUGCGCUUGGCCGUACGGCGUUUUGGAGAUGACCUCAACAACAUCAGCAGCGUGAUCAAGGAGCGCACAGUCGCUCAGAUCAAGAGCACGGUCAAGAGGAAGUUGUAUGAGGACAGCAGAGUGCCCAUUUCCUCUGAAUCGCCAAAGAAGACGCCAAAGAAGACAGCUGUCUCCACGACGCCCACCCCUGCUCCCACUGCGCCUGCCAUGAUCCCUGUUCCCACUUCGCAGGUCGUCGUGGCGACAGGAAUGCAAAGUGGCGUCUCCUUGGCCCCACCCAUAAAGAAGCAAAAGACCGCAGACGUCACACUUAGUGCGCUCAAUGACUCAGACGUGAACAGCGACUUGGUGGACAUCGAAGGACUCGGCGACGGCGCCUCCACCAAGAAGCUCAACUUUGACCAAGAGAGCCUCAGCCUGGACUCCAGCCUCAUCAUGAACUCCAGUGACCUCCCGCUGCUGUCCCGCUGACCUUCCCCAUAAGAGUCAGACCCUGCUGUGAUCUAUUUCACGUACCAGAUGAAGCACAAUGACGUAUUUAUAAAAAAAAAACGUCAUUGCAUGCAUUUGCCCUGACAAGUACUUGUUCAACAUGUCAAUGUAGCACAAAUCAGCUUUUCCCAUGCCUCGUUAACAUCUGUCGCAUCUCACUAGAUACCGUUUGACCUCUAACGUGCACCCUCCUGAAGACAUGAUGUUGAUAUCGGGUUACUAUAAUUCUCUCUAAAACCACCAGACAAAAUGAGUUGUAAUAAGUGCUGCUGUUUGGUGACAGUUUUAUUGAUCUUUUAUCAACAUUGCAUACAAGUACAUAUUGUUCUUUA